UCCAGUAGCGCUCCAGCGGCGUCAGGGCGAGAACGAGCUACGGAUAUCCUGCGCGCGACGCCGGUGCCAGUCAAGUGUACGAGUUCCAGUCGCAGUCUCGGCCCCCUCUAACCUCAAGCCUUUUACUGACAACACAGAAUGUUACAUCUAAUCAGUUCCAAAAACUUAGUUGGUAUUUGCCCUUACGUGUAGAACACUUUGCAGUAAUUUGUGUAGUUAGUGACGACAGAAUGUUGAAAAAGCUUGGUGCCCUGUUGAAACGAAAGUCACGACGGUAUAGAAAGCAUACAGCUUAUAAACUGGAAGUAAACACUCCGCAACAAUUUUAAAAAUGUGUUAGAUGAUGUCCGAAGAACUGACUGAGCAGUGGGAACUCUGGACAUGUUCCGCAAAACAAGAAUCUUGUGUUAUGGCUUAUAUACGAAAUAAAUUUCCUGAGAGGAUGAACAGACGCGGAGUUUCUGAGCGCUCCGACUGUACGGCGACCCGCGGAUACCAAUAAGUUAGGCGGGCUCUUUAAUAUUAACCGGGAGAGCGUGUUGGAAUGGAGCUGGUGUUGUACCCCACAACACAGCAGCGACAGGGAUGCAGCGGGGUGAUGGCGGAAAACAACCCUGCCGAAGACAGCACCAUCACCACUACCGCCAUGGCGUCGUGUCUUCAGCAGCAAAACAUAGUCCUGGAUGAUGGAUACGGAUCUUCAAACAGCUCACCGCAUAGUUCAGGACUACUGCACGCUCAAUCUGGCGCGGGAGCAGCCCGGGUGAAGUUAACUCGGAGUGUGACUGCCACUUCGACCCCUUCCUCAAAUACGCAGCCAACCUUCACAUGGCCCAACAAAAAAGAUCUACAAGUACAGUUAGAAGAAGAUGAAAGAGGGUACGAGGCAGUGGUAGUACCCUCUGGGGGUCCUCCUGAGCUGGACGGGGGCGUGAGAACCGGAAGGGAUGGCAGAGAAACCUGGGGACGAGGUGCGGAUUUCCUGCUCUCGAUCAUUGGGUUCGCCGUGGAUCUCGCCAACGUAUGGAGGUUCCCAUACCUUUGUUACCGAAACGGUGGAGGCGCCUUUCUAAUCCCGUACACUCUGAUGAUGGUGUUCGGCGCAGUGCCUCUAUUCUACAUGGAACUGAUCCUCGGACAGUUCAACAGGCAGGGCCCUGUCAGCGUCUGGAGCAUCUGUCCUCUCUUCAAAGGUGUGGGUUUCUGCGCGGUGCUCGUUGCCUUCUACGUAUCCUUCUAUUACAACGUCAUCAUCGGCUGGGCCCUGUACUUCCUGGUGGCGAGUGCCACACCAGAGUUACCCUGGCUCCACUGUAACAACACGUGGAACACGGACAGUUGCACGGAGAGCGAGAUCACUGAUAGCAACAAUGGCAGCGCCAACUCCUCCGUCGAUGCCCCGAGCCCCAGUGUGGGCAGCGUCGCUGCGGGCGGCGGCGCGGGGAAGCUCCAUUUCUCACCGGCCUCAGAGUACUUCCACUAUGGCGUGCUAGAGAUGCAAAGAAGCGAUGGGCUACAUGAGAUGGGCUACCCAAAAUGGCAGCUCGUCCUCUGUCUCCUUCUGGUCUACAGUAUGCUCUACCUGUCUCUCUUCAAGGGCGUGAAAUCCUCAGGUAAAGUGGUAUGGGCGACGGCGACGCUCCCAUACGUCGUUUUAACCAUCCUUCUAAUCAGAGGCCUGAUGCUGCCUGGAGCUAUCGGGGGUAUAGUGUACUACCUGAAGCCAGAACUGGGUCGACUGACAGACACUCAGGUGUGGGUGGAUGCCGCAGUCCAGAUUUUUUAUUCAGUUGGUGCAGGUUUCGGGGUCCAUUUGUCCUAUGCAAGUUACAAUACCUUUCAUAAUAAUUGUCUCCGGGACUGCCUCGUGACUACUGCUGUCAACUGUUUCACCAGCUUCUUCUCCGGUUUCGUCAUCUUCACGUACCUCGGCUUCAUGUCUCACAAACAAGGCAUCCCUAUCAGCAGUGUCGCCACUGAAGGCCCAGGCCUGGUGUUCCAGGUGUACCCUGAAGCUGUGGCGACCCUGCCAGGCUCAAAUUUCUGGUCAAUGCUCUUCUUCUUCAUGCUCAUCAUGCUGGGACUGGACAGUGCCAUGGGAGGAAUGGAAUGUGUCAUCACGGGCCUCAUGGACGAGUUCCACUCUUUCUUUCAUGGUCGUCGUUUUGCCCGUGAGAUAUUUACGCUAGGAGCAGCUACAGUAUCUUUCUCUGUUGCACUAAUCAAUGUCACACCAGGUGGUAUCUACAUGUUCCAUUUAUUUGACACAUACUCAGCUGGCAUCUCACUUCUGUGCUCUGCCCUCUUUGAAGCCAUUGCAGUAUCUUGGUUUUAUGGCCUGGAGCGAUUUUCAGAAGAUGUACAAGCCAUGUUGGGGAAAAAACCAGGGAUGUACUGGCGGAUCUGCUGGAAAUUUAUUAGUCCAACUUUUAUUAUAGGAGUGGUGAUGUUUGGACUGCUCUACCAACAGCCCCUCAAGUACAUGGAGUACAACUACCCCAGCUGGGCUGAAUGGAUCGGUUGGACUCUGGCUCUUUCAUCCAUCCUAAUGAUUCCUCUUGUUGCCGUCAUCAGUAUCAUACAAACACCUGGCACGUUCAAAGAGAGGAUUGCAAUCAACAUUACGCCUCCAGAGGAACAUGAGAGCAUUCAGCAGACCCACAAUGUCAGCCGGUUCCGUUGCAGGCACUGGCUUUAUGUGUAAAUAUACAAACACAAGCACUCAGCAAAUGUGAGCUUGUUAAAGAAAAUCGCAUUACUUUUUAUCACCAUCACCAUCAUCAUCAUUUAACUACUUAUGUUAGUGAGAAUAUUAUUUUCUUAUAA